AUGCGGUUUUCGGGAAGUGUGGCCAGUGGCUGCUUCAGUCCAGUCACUCCAGAAGCCGUGGUGCGGCCGUUGUCUUCAGUUAUAAAAGGAGAUAUGAAUCUUAUAAGAAUGUUAAAGGGUGAACUAUUAGGCAAGGAUUCAAAUGAGUUUGCAAAAAAGUUUAAGAAGGCAAAGAAUGUGAAUGAGUACAGGGACCUUGUGCUGUAUCUUUUAACGAGGGAUAAAAGAUCUAUAUCGAAUAGGGGGGGAAGAGAAAGUCAUAAUGACUGCAUUCAUAAGGAGAAUGAUGCCCUUGAUGGGCAUUUGUUGCGUAAUUCUGAUAUUAAUUAUGAUUUAGAACUUGCUAGUUCAGAGGAUGAACAACAAGAAGCCAGGAACUUUAUGACCUCACAAUCAGCGUCUCUAAAAAUUAGGUCUGGAACCCUUAGGUCAAAAGACAAAUUGUAUGAAAGGGUUAUAUCAAAUAAGAGAAAAAGAGAGAAAUAUGAUAUCAGUGUGCAUGAUGAUUACGGAGAUAUUGAGGAGAAUGAUGCCCAAUAUGAGCUUUUCUUGUGCAAUCUUGAAGCACAUGAAACGUCUUAUGUAUUCAAGGGUGAGAAAAAUGGUAGUGUUUUCAUUAAAUAUGAAACUGGAGAUAGCGAUUCAGACGAUAGCAAUUCGGAUGAUAUCUUCCCUACACAAAUAGUGAAGGUCAAUCCAGGAAUGCAAUCUAGAUUUAGGAAAAAGCUCAUGCAUGUUCUCAGAAAACCAUAUGAUAGAGAGGAAUUCGACAAGCUUCGGCAAGCCAUCAAAGUACGCAAGCCAGUUGAUUGCCAUCUGGAAUUGCGUUAUGGGAGAGAGAGAGCAUACCCAAAAAAUGAAGUUGGAAAAUCAUAUCUUGAUCGCUAUCCGGAUCUUAAAGAAGCGCUCUUAAGAUGCCAAAGCGACAAACCAAGAUUCUUGAACCUCUUGCGUGGAUUCUUCUUUUGGCUUCAACAUCUAACAAGGGAAGGAGCAUUCCAACCUUGGAAGGACCCACAAUGCCUUGCAAUGGAGCAAAUAUGUCGUUCCCCUCCCCCGCAGGGAAAAAAUUAA